AGAGAGAGAGAGAGAGAGAAUUGAAAAAAUAAGAGAGGAUGGAAGGAGACGAUGUAGACAUGGCUGCUGCCGAAUCCACUGGGGCUGAUCUCGAUGAUAUGAAAAGGAGGUUAAAAGAGAUGGAGGAAGAAGCCGCUGCUCUUCGUGAGAUGCAAGCUAAGGUCGAGAAAGAGAUGGGCGCCGUACAAGAUCCUGCUGCUGGUGCAACUGCAUCUCAGGCAAAUCGAGAGGAAGUGGAUUCCCGAUCAGUCUUUGUCGGCAAUGUCGAUUAUUCAUGUAGUCCUGAAGAAGUUCAACAACAUUUCCAGUCUUGUGGGACUGUAAAUAGGGUUACUAUUCGUACAGACAAGUUCGGCCAACCAAAGGGUUAUGCUUAUGUAGAGUUUGUUGAAGCCGAGGCUGUUCAGGAAGCUCUUUCUUUGAAUGAAUCUGAACUUCAUGGAAGGCAGUUGAAGGUAACCGCUAAACGUACCAAUAUACCUGGGAUGAAACAAUACCGUCCACGUCAGUCCAACCCUUUUAUGCGACCUAGAGUUCCAUUCAUGGCUCCACAUUUUUUUGCUCCUUAUGGAUAUGGGAAGGUUCCGAGGAUGAGAAUGGCAACGCGUUACAACCCCUACUAUUAGGUACUCGGACAAUACUAGUUGUUCGAAGCGUUUGGGAAGUUUAUAAGUGGUUUUGUUUCAUCGAAUUGAGUCGAUUUGCCAAAACUAUUGCUACAAAUUCUGGUCUACUUCUAUGAUAUGUUUGAUCUGGGCAAAAAUUAUGUUUCUGCUGUGUUGUCUAAUAUAGACAUGUUUUUUCCCCCU